AUGUCCUUGAGCCCAAAGCACUCAACUCCUUUCUCAGUGACAGAUAUUUUAAGCCCGAUCGAGGAGACCUACAGAAAGUUUGGAGGCAUGGACAGUACAGGGAACCUCGCGUCUUCGCUGGGCGCAUACCGACAAACUCAGGUGUCUCAACCAGGCAUCCAGCAGCAUUCCAUGUGCCAUAACACCGGGGUGGCGAGCACCUAUCACAUGCCACACAGCGUCUCCCAAUUUUCCAGUGCCAUUGGAGGCUACUGUAAUGGGAGCAUCGGGAAUAUGGGAGACCUCCCGUCUUACCAAGACACAAUGAGAAACGGCGCAGCAGCAACUGCAUGGUAUAGCGCAAACACCGAACCCCGCUACCCAACAAGGAUGAACAUGACCGGGAUGGGGACGUUGGCAGGGAUGGAUCCUACCAAAUCCAUGGUCACCUUACACUCUGCGCCCAGGAGAAAACGACGGGUGUUGUUCUCUCAGGCCCAGGUGUACGAGCUGGAGAGGCGCUUUAAGCAGCAGAAAUACCUGUCGGCACCCGAGAGAGAACACCUGGCAAGCAUGAUCCACCUGACGCCGACCCAGGUAAAAAUUUGGUUUCAGAACCACAGGUACAAAAUGAAACGCCAAGCAAAGGACAAAGCGAACCAGCAGAUUCAACAGGAGAACGGCAGUGUGUGCCCACAGCAACAGUCACCGAGGCGGGUAGCAGUCCCGGUUCUCGUGAAGGAUGGCAAACCAUGCCAGAACGGGUCAAGCAUACCGACGUCUGGGCAUCAGCAGGUGCAGCAGCAGCAGAACGUGUCCGGUGGUGCGAUGACGGCAUCGGGCAGUGCGGUGGUCAAUCACCAUAACCAGCAGGUGAAUAAUCCGUUAUCAUCCGAAGAACUGGAGGAAAUGUCCCCCAGUUCCCCUAUUCUACACAGCCAGAUAAACAUGGCUCAGACUGACGCGGGUCUCAUCGAGUACACCAAUAACAUGGUCAGUUCAAACCUGCUUUAUGGCAGAACUUGGUAA